GUUUUGUUCCUUUUCUUUUUAUCGAGUUCUUUGAUUUGCAGGUUACGUUUAUGUGUUUUAAUUGGGUUUUGAGUAAAAUUUCUGUGAAAUUUUGAGAUGGUGUUACCCUAUCUCCUUGAAUAUAGAUGAUGUUUAGUUUGGUGGGGAGUGUGUAAUAGAUAGUUAGACAAUUGUUAUCUCUAGUUGAAGAGGCUGUCCUGAUUGGUGAGUUUUACUUUCAAUGGUUAAUGUUAGUUUUUGAUGUGCCCUUGAUAAGGAUAGCAGAUAUGGAGAUCAUUAAAAUGCAGGGAAACAAUAUGGUGAGGGUGUGCACCUUAUAACUAAAAGGAAAAAUGAUAAAUUUCAAUUUUUUGAGUCAUAACUAAAAAAAAAAGGGUCAUAACUAAACACAAUAUAAGGCAUAACUAUAGAACUCAUGAGUCAUAAUUAAAAUAAUGUCAUAACUAAAGAAUAAAUUUGAUUAUAACUAAAGAAGAAAAUGACAUAGUUAGGGGUGCAUAUGGUACACCCUUUUUACAUAGGUGUAUAUUAGAAUUUCCCUAAAAUGCAUUCAGAGUUGGGCUUUUAGGGUUUUAAAUGAGUUAAAGGCAUGCAAAGAUUCUACAAUUUGUUUUGUUUUGUUGCUGUUUAAUCUAAGCAUUUUGAAUUCAUUGCCAAAAAGAACCUUGAAUUAGAUGGGAUACAUAAUGGAGGAGUGCAUGUAUGCCGCUCUUGGUUUUUAUUCUGUGUUUGUCUGCUAUGUUGAUGAAUGUAUUAAGUAGACUGGUAGAUAGGGCUAAAGGAGUUUUGAACAAGAUUUUAAUUUUCAUGAAUGGAGAUUUAUAAGAGUACAUUGCUCAAAUUUUGUGUGUGGAAUCGAAUUUGGUUUUCUUUUGGAACUUUGGAUGGUGUUGACAUUCCUUGAAGCUUUUGCUGUUUCAUGAAUUAUUAAUGGUGAAUAAAGUGAGAUAGCGCUAAUGGUUUGCGGGUGGUGAUGUGGGCUUCCAACAAAUGUUUGGCAUGCAGACUUGGGAUUCUAGCUUUAAUUGUAGCAGAAUUCUUCAUUGGGAGCAGAAUGUUAUUAAGAUCACAGUAUUAAUUCUUCCUACUCUACCUUGGAGUGAAGCUAAAUUUGGCAACUUGAUUUGUAGUUCAUCUGCAAUUGCAUUGACGGGCUUCCAUAAUGUUUAGGCGUGCUCCAAAGAGAAGUGAUAACACCCAGUACUAUGAGAUUCUUGGUGUUUCAAAAAGUGCAAAUCAAGAUGAGCUCAAGAAGGCAUAUAGAAAAGCUGCUAUAAAGAACCAUCCUGACAAAGGUGGAGAUCCCGAGAAGUUCAAAGAGCUGGCUCAAGCUUUUGAAGUUCUUAAUGAUCCAGAGAAAAGAGAAAUUUAUGAUCAAUAUGGUGAAGAUGCCCUUAAAGAGGGAAUGGGAGCAGCUGGUGCUUCUGAUAAUCCAUUCGAUAUACUCGAACAACUUUUUGGUGGUGGAGCUUUUGGUGGAGGCAGUAGUUCAAGAGGUAGAAAGAAACAGGGUGAAGAUGUAAUGCAUAGUCUAAAGGUUUCUUUAGAGGACUUGUAUAAUGGAACAAGUAAGAAGCUCUCUCUUUCGAGAAAUAGACUCUGCCUGAAAUGUAAAGGGAAAGGAUCUAAGAGUGAUACAUCUGGAAGAUGUUAUGGCUGCCAUGGUACUGGCAUGAAGGUUUCAAAACGACAGAUAGCACCAGGCAUGAUCCAACAGAUGCAGCAUGUCUGCCCUGAAUGUAGAGGCUCAGGAGAGGUCAUCAGUGAGAGAGAUAGAUGCCCACAAUGCAAAGGUAACAAGGUCACCCAGGAAAAGAAAGUGCUAGAGGUGCAUGUUGAGAAAGGGAUGCAGAAUAGUCAGAAGAUUGUGUUCAAGGGAGAAGCUGACGAGGCUCCUGAUACAGUUACGGGAGAUAUUGUUUUUGUAUUGCAUCAAAAGGAGCACCCCAAGUUCAAGCGGAAGUUUGAUGAUCUCUAUGUAGAACACUCACUCAGCUUAACGGAAGCUCUUUGUGGGUUUCAGUUUGCCCUAACUCAUCUUGAUGGCAGACAGCUCCUAAUCAAAUCAAAUCCUGGCGAGAUCAUCAAGCCUGGUCAGUCCAAGGCGAUCAAUAAUGAGGGAAUGCCACACCACCAGAGGCCAUUCAUGAAGGGCCAGCUUUUCAUCCACUUCAAUGUGGAUUUCCCACAAUCCGGAUUUCUUUCCCCCGACAAGUUCCAGGCUUUAGAGGCAAUUCUACCACCGAGUCCAAACAAGCAGUUAUCGGAUAUGAUGUUGGAUGAGUGUGAGGCAACCACUUUGCAUGAUGUCAACAUUGAGGAAGAGAUGAGGUGGAAGGAACGGCACCAACAGCGUGAGGCUUAUGAUGAUGACGAUGAGCCAGCUAUGCACCGUAUGGCUUGUAACCAGCAAUAAGGCUGAUGACCUGUCUGCGUUAGGAGGUAGGUGGUGUUUAUGCUUUGUUGUGAAAUUGGAUUUUAGAGUUCUAGCUACAUAUUUAUCUGUUGCAAUUGUCUUCAUUUAUAUUUCUUACUACAUUUAAACAGUUGAUUCAAGAUUUAUAUUGUUCUAUUUAUAUAGAAUGAAUGGGAGUGCAGGGUUGUUGGAUUUUAUUCUUCCA